AUGGAGCGAAAUAUGUCUAACUACAAACACAGCCGCCUACACAAACUGUUUUUUAUUCUUCUUUACUUUUUCAUUUUUUCUCUCUUUUUUUCCUUUUCUUUUUUCUUUCUUUUACUCGUUUUCUUUCUUUUGAUUUUCUCUUUUUUGUCCCAUUUUUUCUUCUUCAUUGUCUUUUAUCUUUCUUUUCUUUUUCUCUUUUUCGUUCUUUUCCACCUUUUACUUUCUUUCACUUUCUCUUUUUCGUUCCUUUUCAUAUUUUUGGUUUUAUUUCUUUCCAACUUUUUCUUUCUUUUCUUUCGCCUUUUUGUCCCUUUUUCUUUCUUUUUUCUUUUUCUUUUUUUCUUUCUCCUUUUCGUUACAUUUUUUUUCAUUCUUUUCUUAUUUUUCUUUCUUUUCUUUUUUCUUCUUAUUCUCAUUAAUUUUCUUUUUUCCUUUUCCUCUUUUUCUUUUUUCUUUCUUUUACUCAUUUUCUUUUUUUACUUUUUUAUUUUUCAUCGCUUUUUCUUUCUUUUCUUCUUUGUCAUUUUUUUUUCUCCCCCACCUUUUUCGUUGUUUUCGUUUUCGUCUUUUUUUUUCAUCGCCUUUUCUCUUUUGUUUCUUUUAUUCUUUUCUGUUCUUUUUUUCUUUCUUUCUAUUUUUCGUCCCAUUUUUUCUUUUUCUUUCUUUUCCACUUUUUCUUUUUCUAAUUGUUUCUUUCGUUUUUCUUUAUUUUUCUCCUUAUUUUUUCUAUCUUUUUUUCUUUCUUUUCCUCUUUUCCUUUUCUACUCCUUUUUUUUCGUUCUGUUUCUUUUUCGUCCCUUUUCUUUUUCUCUUUUUCUUUUUAUCUCUUUCUUAUUUUUUUACAGCAUUGUCGCUAAUGACAGCAGUUCAUGUCAAGCGAAUGUAGUCGUCAUACUUAACCACUAUUAUAAUACUGGUAAUAUUGGUAUAUUACUUAUUGUAUACCUACAUUUGCAUCACAUACACAUCUAUCUAUCUAUCUAUCUAUCUAUCUAUCUAUCUAUCUAUCUAUCAAGUCAAUCUGUUCAUAUCUAUCUAUCUAUCUAUCUAUCUAUCUAUCUGAAGUCAAUCUGUUCAUAUCUAUCUAUCUAUCUAUCUAUCUAUCUAUCUAUCUAUCUAUCUAUCUAA